UUUUUUCAGAUAAAAAUGAAUAAUGUAAGGCAGGAAUAUAAAAUGAAUAACUUUCUGAAUUUGCUUCACUAGACUUUAAAGUUGUUGUCCUGAAAAUGGAAGGAGAUAAGCAGGAGGGUUUCAAUGAUAAACCUGAGAUUGGAUUGGAGGUUCAGAAUGAUGUUUUGAGAACCCAGGCGCAGGAAGGAAGCGAGGAGGAGAGAACAGAGGAAGGGAGAAUACAGGAGAAUGGAAUUGAAGAACAAGAAAAUAAAACAGAAAAUAUAAAUGAGAAGGUGAACACAGGUAGGUCAUCUGGUUCUCCCUGCUCUCCCUCCUACCCUCAUUCUUCUGGUUCUCCUGGAUCCCCUCCAUCUCCUGGUUCUCCCCCUUCUCUACCUUCUCCUCCUAGCUCUAGUUCUCCGGGUACUCAUGAAGUACAGACCACGCAGAACCAGAUAAUGGGUUCAAUCAGGAAACUUGAAUCUCCGCCACUAUCAGACCGUCCGGCGGACGAGAGAAACGGCGGUUUAACAACAGAACGCAGCAGCGGGUGUGAGAAGAACACCAUUACAGCAUGCAGUGACGGAAACGGAACCGCCGGCGGGUAUAGGAAAAGCUCGACUAAAAAUGGGAUUGUUGGCGGUAUGUCGAUACUUAGAGCGGUUGAGGGAAACGCUGCGGCCAUGUCCUCACUUUUUCCAGAUAUGAGGUUUUCUUGGGAGAUUAAAUCAGUGGACGCAGUCUUCAACAAUGGACUAACCAGGAUAAACGAUCUGAGUAAAGAAGCGAUUCUGCAAGCGAUAAAAGACCAAGAUUUGCGAUUUCUCCAGGACGAGAGUAAUCGAACCCUGCUCAGCGAGAAGAAAUUUAGCAAGGAAUGUAUUCGAUCCUGUGUACAGGAGACCAGGAAUAUCGCUCUGAUAGAAGAGCUUCUUGGUUUCUUCCUGACAGCAAACGAUGAAACCCGCAGAAAUGUUCAUGUUCUCAUCAAGGAGGCAAUUUCAACCACAAUCCGGCUUAAUGGAGAUAAACUUGUGAUUGGCCUACUAGAGUUUCUACAGAACGACAAGAAAAUGAAGACAAUGACGGACACAGCAGAACUUAUGGAAGAUGCUGUUUUCCUAGCUGCUCUAGAGCAGAGAUCUGAAAUUCUGACUUCGAUUCUGAAAUGGAUUCAAAACAGCAAAGCCAAAAAGUUUACCCACAAAGGAAAAACGUACGCUGGAGCCCAGACUGGAGGUGUAAAAGUGAACUGUAGUUCUCUAAUACAUGCUGCUAAAAAGAAUGACUACCUGAGGGUCAAAAUCCUCUUUCACUACGGUUACAGAUUGGAGCAGAAGGACACCCUGACGGACCCGUUGAAGAAGAUCGAGCUGUUUAAGGCGGUUGCCAGUCCGGCAUAUAUCGUCGCGUCUUUGGAACAUUUCAACGAGGUUUCGGCGGAUUUCUUCUGUCCCGUCAAGAAAUGUUUCGAGUUUGCUUGUGAGGCAAAUUUCCGGAAAUCAACGAUUCCGGAAUAUAAACGAGAAUAUGACGAAAUAGAAAACAGAUGUGAAGACUAUGCAAUUUCUCUUCUUGAACAAUGUGAAGAUCUGAGGGAAGUUGAAACCUUUCUUCAAACUAGGAAUUCAGGAACUAAGGAUGCUAACUAUAUCCUGGCAAUCCUGGACUCAAGAAUGAAGUUUGUUGCUCAUGAAAGGUUUCAGUAUGUACUGCUCCGAAAAUUUGGAAUAGGCGAGACUGAGUUGAAUGAUGAUUACAGAAGCUACAGAAAUACACUUUGGUUAGAUAUGUCCUGGUUCUCCAGAAUACUUCAUGUUCUUAAACAAAUACCUUGUUAUCUGCUAUUGUUCCUCUACCCUCUAUUCUACUCCUGUCUUUAUCCUCCUUCAUCAACUAGUAAGCAUGAUAACCUCAACAAAUCGCCCUGGUUCUGCAAGGAGUGGAGGGUUCCGCUUAAUAGGGGAAUAUAUACAGCAUUCUCCUACAUCUUAUUCAUCUCAUUAAUUAUCGCCUACGUUACUGAACCUGGACCACCAUAUGUUUACAUUAUAGAUUCUUUGCUUGGUGUGUUUGUUACCUCCUACAGUAUGCGAGAUCUUGGAACUGCUUUUUUUCUCUGGGGUUUAGAGGGGCCCAAACCUAAUGAGAGAAGGUUCAAAAAAAGAUAUUUCACAUUUUGGAACAACUACAACAUUAUCAUGGAUUUGCUGUUCAUGAUCGGCCUGUUGAUCCGGACCGUCGAGUACAUCAUAGACGACAGUACCAUGGAUAUUUCAGCUGUCAGUUCUGCUGGCCGAAUAUUCUGGGGAAUGGCGUUCACGUUUGCGAUCAUAAAGACGAUCAAGAUCGGUAUUGCAUCCAAGUACUUUGGUCCUAUCAUUCUCAGUAUUAACGCCAUGAUGAAGGAUGUGGGAAUGUUCCUCAUCACUUUCUUCGUAAUCAUGUUGGCCUUCUCCUGCGGAGUGUCCUACAUGUUCAACUACCUCUCCGACGGAACAGAUGCACGGGCUGGGGGUAGUAGUACUCCAGGGGUAUUCACAUACUUCUUCUGGGUUCUUCUUCAGCCGUUCCGUGGGAACCCCGACUACGACAGGGUUGCCGAUCUACCCUACGAUAGCAACUGUUUGAAAAAUGUUGCCUCUUCAGCAGCAGAGAUUAACAUUCACUCUAUAAACAAGUGUAGACUGGAGACCAUGUACAACACUAGCUGUAUGACCGCUUCUAUUGCUGCACUUUAUCCUGGCAGGGUCAGCAAGGCUGAUAUGUCUCAAUGCGUUAUAUCCAGGCGGCAGGGGGCAGAACACCUAGAAACAGCUGUUGUACCUAUGUGGGUAAUCUACCAAUUUCUAGUGAGUGUUGUACUCUUGAGAAUACUGAUUGUUAUGAUGACACUAACGUACAAGAAAAUAUACGAUAAUCUAGACAAACAGUGGAAGUAUGCCCGGUUGUACAACGUAAUACAAUUUUUCGAUCAGGAUUCUCUUCUUCCCCCUCCUUUUACAUUCCUUACAAUCAUUAUGUACUGCGUCAGAGGAAUAAAUAGCUAUAGGUGUCUCAAAAAAGGUAAAAAUUAUUAA